CCUCCCGCCUCUGCACCCCCAUUAUAUCAAUCUCUCUCUCUUUCUUCUCUCAUUCAAAGCAUCAUCUCUCUCUCUCUUCAAAUCCAAUCCAAUCUAACUCUCUAGAGAAGAAAUGAGGGAAAUCCUACACGUUCAAGGUGGACAAUGCGGUAACCAGAUCGGUUCCAAGUUCUGGGAGGUUAUCUGCGAUGAACACGGUAUCGAUUCAACCGGUAAGUACAAAGGUGCUCCUGCUGGAGAAACUUCUGAUAUCCAGCUAGACAGAAUCAAUGUUUACUUCAAUGAAGCUUCCGGCGGUCGUUACGUCCCUCGCGCUGUUCUUAUGGAUCUGGAACCUGGUACUAUGGAUAGUAUCAGAUCUGGUCCUUUUGGACAGAUCUUCCGUCCUGAUAACUUUGUUUUUGGUCAGUCCGGUGCCGGAAACAACUGGGCCAAAGGUCACUACACUGAAGGCGCUGAGUUGAUCGAUUCUGUUCUUGAUGUUGUUCGAAAGGAGGCUGAGAACUGUGACUGUCUGCAAGGUUUCCAGGUUUGUCAUUCUCUAGGAGGAGGCACAGGGUCUGGAAUGGGAACACUCUUGAUAUCGAAGGUAAGGGAGGAAUACCCAGACAGGAUGAUGCUUACAUUCUCCGUUUUCCCAUCUCCAAAGGUCUCCGACACCGUGGUUGAACCCUAUAACGCAACACUCUCCGUUCACCAGUUAGUAGAAAAUGCUGAUGAGUGUAUGGUACUCGACAAUGAAGCCCUCUAUGACAUUUGUUUCAGAACAUUGAAACUCAGCAAUCCUACUUUUGGUGAUUUGAACCAUCUGAUUUCCGCAACAAUGAGUGGAGUAACCUGCUGUUUAAGAUUCCCUGGUCAACUAAACUCCGACCUAAGAAAACUCGCUGUUAACUUAAUCCCAUUCCCGCGUCUCCAUUUCUUCAUGGUUGGUUUCGCACCCUUAACCUCCCGUGGUUCCCAAAACUACGUCUCCCUAACCGUCCCAGAACUAACCCAACAAAUGUGGGACUCGAAGAACAUGAUGUGUGCUGCUGACCCUCGCCACGGCCGUUACCUAACCGCCUCGGCCAUGUUCAGAGGAAAGAUGAGCACGAAAGAAGUUGACGAACAAAUGAUCAAUGUCCAAAACAAGAACUCGUCCUACUUUGUUGAAUGGAUACCAAACAAUGUGAAGUCAAGUGUAUGUGACAUUCCCCCGACUGGGCUGAAGAUGUCGUCGACAUUCAUUGGGAACUCGACUUCGAUUCAGGAGAUGUUUAGGAGAGUUAGCGAGCAAUUCACGGCUAUGUUUAGGAGGAAGGCGUUUUUGCAUUGGUAUACCGGUGAAGGAAUGGAUGAAAUGGAGUUCACCGAGGCGGAAAGUAAUAUGAAUGAUUUGGUGGCGGAGUAUCAACAGUAUCAGGAUGCUACUGCCGAUGAGGAGUAUGAAGGGGAGGAAGAAGAAGGUGAAGAGGAGGAAUAUCAUAACUAAAGGGUCGGGUCGGGUAAGAACAGGUCAGUUAUGUUUUAUUUUGUUUUAUUUCAGUGUUGGAUUUGGAUAUGUUUUCAUUUUAAUACCUAUUGCUAUUAAAAUUGCAUGAUGAUUUGUUUUUUUUAUAAAAUGUACUCUUUGUAUUUU